AUGAGACGCAAUCACAUAUCAGACAAACCAGAAAUGACACUAACACCCCCAAGGAGCAGACAUCACAAGUCCAAGGAACCAGAUAUAGGCAACAACACAUCAUCGCCAUCUUCCACCACUACACAUUAUCCUGAAGAAUUCCUUCCCUCCCCAGAAUUCACCCCGAAUGUAUAUCAAACAAAAUCAAGAAUCUCGAAGCCAUCAGGCACACAUCUCGCUAGUACCAGAAGAAAGAAGAUAAAAUCCGUAUUGGAGAGAUUGAAUGAGAGUUCAGAUUGGUCAGAUAUUGCCAUUGUUCCUUCCGUUCAAGCACCUCCAUCAACGCCCAGCCGGCAAUUAAUCACUGAUGAUGAUGUGGAAUUUUGGCAUGGGAAAUCGAGAAAUAUCUAUUCUGACGAAGAGGAGGAAGAAGAAGAUGAUGAUGCAGAUGAAGGGGUUGGAAUGCGUUCAAGACUUGAGAAUCCAUUUUUGACACCGCCUAUAUCGAGGCGAUCAGGUGGUGUUGUAUCACGGGAAGAGGAUGGGAUAGAUAGGUCGACACAUAUUGAGUAUAUUAAUCAUACGACGGGGAAAAGGACGAUAAAGAAAAUGACGGCUUCACAAAUGAAGAUUCAACCUAAACGAUUGAAUUUUGAUGCUUUUAAACAAGAUGAACCAAAACGAUUGAAUUUUGAUACGUUUAAACAUGAUGAUAUAAAUUCAAGAUAUGUUGGUAGAAAUCUACAUAAUUUGGUUAAUGUUAAAUCUAAGCUGGGAUUAGAUUUUCAUAUAUUUAAUGAUGAUGAGAAAAGCGAUAGCAUAUAG